CCUGUUGGAGUUGGUUGAGGGGGUAGAACCAAGAUGGCGGCGGCUGGAGGUGGAGGGGACUUGGACGGCGGGGGGCACGGCGCUCCGGAGAGCGGCAGCGCCCUCGGCGCGGAAGGCGAGUCCGGGGCGGAGGCGGAGCCCGACUCGGAGGUCUUCUCUUGCGUGGCCCACUGCUCCGAGCUGGCCUGCCGGCAGAACGAGCAACGGCGCCUAGGCCUGUUCUGUGACGUCACGUUGGCCUUCGGCGGCGGCGGCGGGGAGAGCGGCGGAGUGGGCGGGGCCUCCUCGCGCGCGGACCCGCCCCCUCGCGAGUUCCGCGCGCACCGCUCCGUCCUGGCCGCCGCCACCGAGUACUUCGCUCCUCUGCUUUCGGGGGACUUCGCCGAGUCCCGCUCGGGCCGCGUAGAGCUGCGGAAAUGGAGCUCCGAGGCCGGGCCGGAUCCGGAGACGGUGGAAGCCGUCAUCAGCUUCAUGUACACGGGCCGAGUCCGCGUCAGCCCCGGCAACGUCCACGAGGUCCUAGAGCUGGCCGACAGGUUUUUACUGCUACGUUUGAAAGAUUUCUGUGGGGAAUUCCUCAAGAAGAAGCUGAGUCUCUCCAAUUCUGUGGCAAUCCAUAGCCUGGCUCACAUGUACUCUUUAAACCAGUUGGCUUUAAAAGCUGCUGACAUGAUCAGGAGGAAUUUCUACAAAGUCAUUCAAGAUGAGGAGUUCUACACUUUGCCAUUCCACCUCAUAAGAGACUGGCUUUCAGACAUAGAAAUCACUGUAGACUCAGAAGAAGUUCUGUUUGAGAUGGUUGUAAAGUGGGUUCAAAGAAAUCCUGAUGAAAGAGAAAAGUACUUUGGGGAGCUCUUUAAGCUGCUCCGUUUAUCACAAAUGAAACCCACUUAUUUGACCCGACAUGUCAAAUCUGAAAGGCUUGUUUGCAGCAAUGAAAUGUGCCUCAAACUUGUGUCAGAAGCAGUGGAAAGCCAUGCACUCAGAGCUGAGAAUUUGCUGUUAGGGACCCUCCAACAAGUGACUUCCUCCAUAACCUCACUGCCUCGCUUUGGGCAAAACAUGGAUGUCAUCAUGGUCAUUGGUGGCGUAUCUGAGGGAGGUGACUACUUGAGCGAGUGUGUGGGGUAUUUUAUUGAUGAAGAUAGGUGGGUGAACUUACCACACAUACACAAUCAUCUUGAUGGACAUGCUGUGGUAGUAACAGAAUCCUAUGUUUAUGUAGCAGGUUCCAUGGAGCCUGGCUUCGCCAAGACUGUAGAAAGGUACAACCCAAAUCGAAAUGUUUGGGAGCAGGUUUCCAAUCUCAUAACAAGAAAGCAUUCUUUUGGACUCACAGAGGUAAAAGGGAACUUGUAUAGCAUAGGUGGGCAUGGGAAUUUUAUUCCUGGGUUCAAGGAUGUAGCGGUCUACCACCCUGAUCAAGACAAGUGGCACAAUUUGGAAUCUGCACCAAAGAUACUUCGGGAUGUUAAAGUGAUCACAGUAGAUGACAGGUUUGUUUACAUGGCUGCCCGCACACCUGUAGAUGGGGAUAAUGAAGAGGGCUUAAGGAGUGUCAUUGUCCGAUACGAUGCAGAUGCAAGACAGUGGCAGGAUUCUGAGUCUUUGCCUCUUCUUGACAACUACUGCUGCUUUCAGAUGGCUGUAGCCAACACCAACUUUUACCACACCGCCUCAUGCUGCCCCAGAAGUUAUUCCCUGGAUCAUGAAGAGGUCAAGAGGAAGAUCUCCGGUCAAGUAUCUGAUGACAUUCUGGAAAGCUUGCCACCAGAGGUGCUUAGCAUUGAGGGGGCAGCUGUCUGUUAUUAUAAAGAUGAUGUCUUCAUCAUAGGUGGGUGGAAAAAUAGUGACGACACAGACAAACAAUACAGGAAAGAGGCUUACCGCUAUUGUGCAGAGAGGAAACGAUGGCUGCUGCUCCCUCCUAUGCCUCAGCCACGAUGCCGUGCAACAGCCUGUCACGUAAGAAUCCCCUUCCGGUCCUUGCAUGGUACCCAGCGAUAUCCAAUGCCACAAAACCUAAUGUGGCAAAAGGACCGGAUCCGGCAGAUGCAAGAGAUUCACCGUCAUUCCUUAAGUUUGCGGAGAAUGCCACGGUCUCAGAUUGAGUGCUAAUACAAAUAAAUGGAGUUUGAGAACGUCCUGUCUGCUCUGCCAUGCAAAACAUGGACUUUCAGCAGUAACCUGAGUUGCUCUGUUUAAGCAAUGGUGAUUGUUAUAGGAGAGCUAGCCCUCUGGUAGUUAAAACAGUUUGCCAGGAUUACAAGCACCACAGGAAUACUUCAGGUAUAUUAGCCAUAACAUGAAGGUAGGCACACUUACAAAAUCCCCAAAGCUUUUAGUUUUUACCGUGGAUGAGAUGCAAAGUCAAAAUCUAGCAAUUGUAGAUAUGUCCAGGAAGUAUAGAAAUCCAGCACAGUUUCUUCCCUCCUCUUCUCAGAAAAUUCUGUAUUAAGAUAUAUUUGUUCUAGUCAGGGAUGAAAGGAUUUUCCCAAGUAUUGGAGGCUCUCACUCGUCUUUAAAGUAUUUAUAUUAAGCAUGUGAAGAAUUACAUUUCUACUUGUUUUAAAAGAUAGUUAAUAUAACACUUGUUUCAAAGUUGCUUUUUUAAAGGCUCUCUCUUUUUUUGCUUUUUUAUUAUUUUUUAAAAUCUGCAGUUACUGUGAGUCUGCUUGUUUCUCGUUGAGUCAUGUGCAAUAGUUAAAGAAUGAGCCCCUAUAUAAUGAGGAGUAAAGCACAAACCUUUCAGAGAACUUCAAAACGUUCCAUACUUAUAAAUAUUUUAUAGUUGUAUUUAUCUAGAAUGCUUGUGUUUACAAAGAAGUUAUUAGCAAAAGCAGUACUUUUUAAUGGUUGGAUACUUAGUCCUAUCUUGAAAAGUGAGGAUUUCACCACAAUUAAUUAAGGUGUCUUUCUACUUUGAAGUAGUCCCAUUGAUUUUUUUAAAAAAGUUUACUGUGUAAAUGGUUCUGGAUUGUGGCCUUAAAAGAAUGAAUGGAAAGACCAAAAAGUUGAAUACUACAUAGCCAAAUUAAUAAUUUGAAGGAAUUAGGGAUUCAUUGAUGCAGGGAUGAAGCUGAAUGCUUUGUGUUCAAGCAAGUAAUAAGAGUAAAUCCGACUAGGAAAAAAAACCACCCAACCUGCCUUUGACAAUCAAAUCUCUUUGCCUUUGUGGUAUGCCAUUCCUUUUUUGGACUUGUGUCUGAAUACUUGACACUUUGGGUAGAGCAGAAAUUUUCGUCCAUUUUAAUAGCAAGGACUCCCAUUUCUCUCAAUGUUUUACUUGCCUUUUGGCAGCAAUUUGGCAUUCUUGGAGAGCAAGUUGUACUGGUAGGUGUCCUCUGUUGCCUUUCCCCCCUUAGUUCAGCAAGAUCCUAUUUUUCCAGAGUGACAAUAUUUAAUAGGAUAUGGAGAGAAGGUAAAAAUAUUUUUGAGUAAGAUAAUUUUGAAAUGUCACUUAAUUCUUCUGCAGGCAGAAAAAUUAUAUGGUAAAAGAUUCAUAAAACUCUUCCAUUUAACCUAAGUUGAUCCAAGAAAAUUUUCAUUUUAUCUUUGAGAAUUCUAUCCUUUAGGUUCAGUAUGCAUCACAUCUACCAAUACAUUACUUAGUUUUCCAAGGCGAUUUCUCAGAGGAUUUCCCUUGGUUUCGUCUGGGCUUUAUUUGAUCCCCUCCCCUGAUUUUGAUGUUUUUUUGUCAAAUAGAUUUUGAUGAUUUCUGUGCUCAUAUUGUUCACUUCACUAAUUGCUCCAAGAGCCAUUGUCCAUAUAGGUUAGUCGUUCUGUCCAGUACGAACAAUUGGGGAUAGGUGUGCUCUUCUCAUACCACAUCACACUGUGAAGGGAGUGGUGGUAUUAUAAUGUAUCUUUUGGGGGUGGGGGCAGCAGUAAAAGAUGAAGAAUACCCAAAAUAUAAUUUGAUUCAUCUAUAAAGGAACUUUCUAUAAAGCAGUGGUUCUCAACUUGUGGAUCCCCAGAUGUUUUGGCCUUCAACUCCCAGAAAUCCUAACAGCUGGUAAACUGACUGGGAUUUCUGGGAGCUGUAUGCCAAAACACCUGGGGACCCACAGGUUGAGAACCACUGCUAUAAAGGAUCUUAAUGUUUUCUUUACCUGGAUUCUAGUCUUCCUACAAUUACUUUCUCGCUCGUUCAAUCUGUUGAGGUUUACAUCUGGGUGCAUCAAGAGAUGAGACAGAUUGAAUUCACCUUAUGAGAGAUCUAUAUCGAUCUCCAUUAUUAUGAACAUUCAUUAUAGUAGUGGUGUUUCAAAUAGUCAAUAUCAGUCUCUUAAAUUUAGGAAAGCACUUAAGUUUUUUAGAAAAUAAAUAUUACUUUAAGGACUGACUGUUCUUGUUUUCCAAUUUAGCAAGAAGCCUAGUGUCUGAAAUCUGGGGGUAAGUCUUUCAACUGCAUGGAUGUGCACAGGUUUACUUGAUUUGUAUUUGUUCUCCUAAUACUACCUUUUACAAUAUAAACUUGGGUUAAAAACUUGUGUGCAUUAAAUAACUGUCUAAUUCAAGUUCACACUAAUGCAGCCUUGUUAGUUAAGAAAUCCACAAACACCUAACAACUCCAGAAUAACCACUUGAUUCACUCGAAGAUAUAUUGUAUGUAUAACCAGCCAGCUACAUAUGGAGAAUAUAAACACUUCAGAAUGAACCUAUUGACAACCCACUGACACCGAAAAUCCAAAGCUUUUAGGUUCUAUACAGACGUACUCGAACCACUAGUAAGUGUUAUAACUAAGAAAAUAAAAACUUUAACAUCACUUUUGGUUGAAAAAAAAAGCUUGUUUAGCUAGGGAGUGUCGUUUUCUGAAUUUCCUACUGAGACCUCUCACACCUUCAGAAAUAGUAAAGUUCCAUUGCAGAAAGCAAGGACAAUUAAAGCUGUUUCAAUUUGUAGUUUAAAUGUGACCAUACUUGUCUUCGUAACUGAAAAGCUACACAAGUUUUGAGACUUCUUGAAAGUUAUGUUUGGCCUGCAGUGCAAAAUGGUUGAUAACCUCCACAAAUUAAUAUAUUGACUGUAUUGAUUAGUAUUAAUUUGUGUACCUAAACAACAGUUCAAUUUGGGUCGUCAGCUUUGCUUUUUAAAAUUAACUUGUCAGCCACAUUGGAUGUUGCUUGUGAAUGCGAGUCAGUUAAUAGUAUACAGAUGUCUACAUGCCUUGCUUGGAGAUUUCUGUUUGCAUGGAGAGUAAAGAGCACUCUAGAGAACAAUCCCAUUGUGCCACAUGUAGUGUCAGAUGUUGGAAUUUCUUAAUGUCAAGUCUCAGUGUUAGACUACUAACCUGCUUCCCUGUUGGGAGUGCCUCUCAGCUCUUGUUUAUCACAGCCCUGUGCUGCAUGCAAAAAGUCUUGUCUUGCUUUUGUCAUGUCAUUCCUUGUCAAAAUAAAGCAGUCACCUGACAAAAGAAAUCCUCAGAUGGAACACCCAAACUGUUCCCACAUAGGAAAGGUUCACAACCCUAGGUUACAUUCCUAAGUAUAGCUGAGAACUAGGGAACGUUUCAAAGCGCUGUCUUAGAUACUGUUUUACUGAAGUCAGUGGAAUUUGCAAGAAAAGCUGCUAGUCUUAAACAAGAGUACUGUUACCAGAAACACAAAAGGCUUCCAGGAAAUUGUAGUUUCCAAAAACUGCACUAAAUCUCAGCUAUGACAGACUGCAUGUUUCACACUGCUUUCCUCUUGUGACACUAGUGGAGUAGGGUAGAUCUUUCGAUGGUGCCUGAACUGACGCUGUUACUGAAGUAAUACUGUCUGUAGAUUAUCCAUAUAUGUCCAUAAUCUUCCUAUUACUCAAUGCAAAUUUGUUUGUGUGUAUGUGUGUGUUUCAGCAAGGGUCACCUUUAACCAAUGAAGGUAACAAAGAUACAAAUACAAUUUUAUUCAGGUAAUACCUGCAAAAUUGCCACAGAUAGCUACCACUGCAGCCUCUACCACAGAGGACAAAUUAUACAAAAAAGGUACCCCUAUUUGCAGUUGUUGGCCCAUGUUCAGCAGGUUACACAGAAUGUCAUUGGUACCAGCACCUAGCAUAUUAUGCAAGCAUGAACUGUGCCAAUUGCCUUUGCCCCCGCACAAGAGACAUAUGGUACUGUAGCUGUUUAGAUAAGAACAGAAGCAGCAAGGUUACUUUUACAGUUUCCAUACUUAUCCAAGGCCCAUGAGGGACUGAUGUUAGAUUUUGCCUCUUGCUCCAGUUCUUCAUACUUACUAAGUGAUUUCCAGAGAGGUGUAAUAUUCUCACACAUGCAGGAAGUUUUGAAGAAAGACAGAAGCAAUUAAAAAAAUACCAGUCAAUGACGGAAUAAUGUUUUUCUCAUUAAUUGGAGGGGAAACACCAGGGUGAUGACAUUCAUCACAUCUUGUCAGAUUAAGCUUUUAGCAGAUCAGAACAAAUCUUUCCUCUGUAUUGUCGAAGGCUUUCAUGGCCAGAAUCGCUGGGUUGUAGGUUUUUUCAGGCUAUAUGGCCAUGUUCUAGAGGCAUUCUCUCCUGACGUUUCGCCUGCAUCUAUGGCAAGCAUACCUCACUACCUCUGAGGAUGCUUGCCAUAGAUGCAGACGAAACAUCAGGAGAGAAUGCCUCUAGAACAUGGCCAUAUAGCCCGAAAAAACCUACAACAACCCAAAUCUUUCCCCUCUUUGAGCCCUAGUAACAAAUGUGACAGUCUUGUGAGAGAGGCAAGGAUUGCAGGAGAGGACAAGCAAGAGAAAUGUUUAUCGGUCCUCCAGAGUGUUUUUGUCAAACACCACAGGUUAUUUUGCUCAAGGAAGAGGCAAACACUGUUCUGUCUAUUAUCUGAGGCUUUCAUGGCCGGAAUCGCUGGGUUAUUGUGGGUUUUUCGGGUUGUAUGGCCAUGUUCUAGAAGCAUUUUCUCCUGACGGAUUCCUCUGAGGAUGCUUGCCACAGAUGCAGGUGGAACGUCAGGAAAAAAUGCUUCUAGAACGUGGUCAUACAACCCGAAAAACCCACAACAACCCACUGUUCUGUCAAGUGGAGAGCAUGGAGAAAUGCCAGGAAUUGUAUUUAUACUGCUUUUGCUGUCUUUCUGCAUACCUUUCAGCAGUUUGGAAGAUCUUCUCUUCAAUCCCCUUGUGUUCUCUAGAAAUAGCAAGGGGCUAUUUCUAGAGGAUACAAAGGAAAUUUUACUUCCACUUCAAAGAGGGAAUAAAAAUUAGAUUUGGUGGUGAGUAGAAGUUUGGCUGGGAGCUGAUACUUCUUGCCACUCGCUUUUUGCCAUCAUAACAUUCCAAAGCGUGCACCAAGAUAAAAUGGUGAUAUGCACAUCAUUGUUUCCUGCAGCUGCCCUAAUUCUGAGACACUGGCCUCAAAGCCAUCCUAGUUGUGUGGCAGUUUUUCCAGCACAACUUCCUGCCUCGCCUGAGCCUCAAUAAGAUAAUAUGAAAUAUAAAGAGUUAGUUGAUAAUCCCAAGAAAUCCUCACGGAUCAGUUGAUCUCUAAUGCCCCUUUCUUUGCCCACUUCACCCCCAAUUUGCCUUGUCUCUGUUGCUUGAUAAAUCAAGCAGCUUCAUAGACUAAAAUGAGACUUCCCUGCCUUCAGGUAGAAUUGUCUUGAAUAGUAUGUCCCCAGAAUCUAUUUUAAAAACUUGCUAUUCCAUAUAUGCUAUAUUAAAGUUCUGUAACAUUAAAUGUAAUUUCAAUAAACAUUUUAUUUCUCUA